AUGACACUGCUGACUCAACUUCCCGUCAUUAAAAACGCUGGGUGUCUAAUAAUUGGUGAUGAAGUAUUAAAUGGGAAAAUAUUGGAUACAAAUUCAUACAAUUUUGCUAAAUUUUGUUUUAAUAAUCUUUCUAUCCCACUUAAAAGAACAAUAGUUUGUGGAGAUGAAACAGAUGACAUUGUAACAUCAUUGAAUAACUUGAUAAGUCAAGAUAAUAUAGAUUUUAUAGUCACUUCUGGUGGAUUAGGAAGUACUCAUGAUGAUAUAACUUACAAAGUUAUUGCUGAUUAUUUUGACUUGGACUAUGCAUUGGAUCAAGAAGUGGUAGAUAGAAUGCAAAAGCUUAGAAAGGAAUACUUAUCCAAAUUAAACGAAGAUCAACUUAAUGCAUUUUAUAAAAUGGCUACUUUACCCACAGAAAAAUUUGGAUCUCAAACCAAAGUUAGAAAAAUAUUUGUUGAUGACGAACUAUGGUUUCCAAUUGUUGUCAUAAAUGAGCAAAUUUAUAUUUUACCUGGAAUUCCACAACUUUUUACAAGAUUAGUAAAUGAUUUGGAGACAUAUUUGAAACCAAGGAUAAACUCGAAUAACCUCAUCAGAAGAUAUGUAUUAACUAAAACUGGUGAAUCAGGAUUGGCUCCAUACUUAACCAAAUUACAAAAUGAUUGUGAUUUAAAAUACGGUAAAGGGGUUUUAAAGAUUGGAAGCUAUCCACAUAUGGGACAAAAGGUUAAUACUAUUAGUGUUAUUGCAAAUAAUUUACAAAAUUCUGAAAUAGACUGGGUAGUGAAAAAUUUAUUGGAAAACGUAGGAGGAAAUGCCAAACAAAUUUCUCAAGCAGAAGAAGAUGAAAUAGUAAAUGGGAAAAAUUAA